CUCUCUCUCUCCCUGCCUCUCCCCCUGCCUCUCCCUGCCUCUCCCUGGCUUAGCCACCACCACCACCACCACCACCACCACCGUCGCUGCCUUCGCCGGCCCCACCAGAGCCGCCAUGCCCCCGGGGACCACCAAGCUGGUGUACGAGGUGCUGGAGGCCGGCGUGAAGCCCCUGGCAGGCCUGGCCGUGCCCGUGGUGCCGCCCUGCCCCGCGCCCCUCGCCCAGGCCAAGGAAGCCCUCAAGCCACCCCCACCCCGCCCUCCUCCACAGGACAUCAGCGCCCCGGAGCCCCAGCCCACCCCCCAGGACGAUUCUCGUGCCCACGCCUCCAGCUGGCUGCACGACGCCCCUCACUCCCCCUUUGACCUGCACGGCUCCAUCUUUGACGUUGGUCGGGAUGCCCGCAGCGAGGGCACCGUGGCGCGGUCCAUGCACAGCGGCGGAGCGUGGCUGCGCGCCCUCAGCAAGAUGGAGGUGCUGAUGGCCGUGGGCGGCUACUUCGGCUCCCUCAACACCGUCCAGGCCGUGCGGCUCAGCGCCACGCAGCCCAUCCUGCCGCAGGACGUGCGCGCCGCCCUCAUGCUGGUGGCCAGGCGCACGGAGCUGCUGCAGGCGUGCGUGUCGUGGCGGUGGGCGUGGCCGUGGUUCCGCCGCCGCUCACACAUCACGGCGCCCUUCCGUGUGGCGCGGGAGCCGCUGAUGGAGGCGUACUACCGCACCCUGGAGGCGCCCUACGACAUGUCUCGCGGGCCGCUGUGGCGGGCGUGCCUGGUGCCUGAGGGCCGCGGCGUCGGGGGCGAGCACCGCGCCGUGCUGGUGCUGGCCGUGCACCACUGCCUCAAUGACGCAUACACCAACACCGUGCUGUGCAGGGAGGUGCUCGAGGUGCUCAACGCGGCCCUGCAGGGGCAGCGCCACCUGCCGCCCAUCAGGCCCCUGGCGCCUCCCCUGGCGGACCAGCUGCUGGGGCCCCGUGAGCUGCUGGCCGCCCUCGCCUUCACCGUGUACAAGUUCCUCACGCCCACACUGGGCAGGUUCAACCGCAAGGUGUACUUCAAGGGCGCUGUCCCGCGCCCCUCCGCCCGCCACGCCCGCACCGCUCGCACGCGCGUGUUGCACGCCGAGCUGACGGAGGAAGCCACUACACAACUGCGGCGGCGGUGUCGCGAGGCAGGCGUGACCGUGCACGCCCUGGUGAGCGCCGCCACGCAGGUCGCCAUCCUGCAGACUGCCGGCGCCUUCGGCAGGGCGGCGCCGGACGAGGCGCUGGUGCGGGUGUUCAACUGUGUGAACCUGCGCCGCUACUUCCGCGAGGAGGACCGCGAGGCGCUGGGCUGCUUCAUCUCCAUCGAGGAGGAGGAGGGGCGCGUCACGCUGCAGGACAGCGCCUCUGGGGACGCACUGUGGGCCCUGGCGCGGCGCGGCCACACUGCCCUGAAGGCCAGCCUGGAGGAGGAGCGGCGCCCCCUGUGCACCCUGGCGGCCUUCAUCCCCGUGUCGCUGCUGAUCCCCGUCAACUGCCUGCUGACGCGCCUGGGCCUGCUCAACCUCAACGACAACCACGUGAUCACCACCAACAUGGGCGACAUGCGGCCCCUGCUGCACCCCGGCCCAGGCCCCGUCUCGCCCACACACCUACUGCGCUGCGUCAGUGACGCCUACACGGGCCACCCCUACACCCUGGUGCUGCACACCUUCGCCGGCCGCUUCAGCCUCGCCCUCGAGUACUACUCCACCAAGACCACGCCUGCCGUGGCCCGCGCCUUCUUCACCGCCCUCACCAACCUCAUGCUGGACCUGGCGGCCACCGGGGCGCCCGCACCACACGGCGGCCCCCACCGCGCCGCCGCCCUGCACCACGACAAGUUCUGUCCCGAGGCUGACGACCCCGACCACGACCCCGACCUGGACCACCACCACCACCACCACAAGGCACACUGACCGCCCGCCGCCCGCCGCUCACUGCUAUGGUGUGUGUGUGUGUGUGUGUGUGUGUGUGUGUGUGUGUGUGUGUGUGUGUGACCAGUAGUACUUAACUAGCAUAGUUUUGUAUUGUACGUAGAUCUUUCAUUAUGAUAUUAUCAUUAUUAUUACUAUUAUUACUAUUAUUACUAUUAUCAUUAUUAUUAUAUUAUUAUUAUUAUUAUUACCAUCAUGAUUAAAGGCUCCUCCUGUA